CCUCUUUUGUUUCCUUCUUAGCUAAGAUGGCGGUGGAUUUUCUAAUGAUGAAUGUUUCGACCCCACCCCCAAGAGAAUAACCAGCCGAUGCCAGUGUUUUAGAUGAUUUCCCAUGACUGAAUAAACAUAAACUAAAUAUACUUUGGAAUAUAAACAUGUCUUCUGCUGAACUUUACUCCAAGGGCGCCAGGGUGUGGAUACCCGACCCUGAGAAAGUGUGGAGAGCAGCAGAGCUGUUAGAAGACUACAAAGGACAGACAAGUUUGAAGAUACAAUACGAAGAAGCAGAGCUAAAGACUGUGGUGUGCCAUCGUGAAGUCUAUGAAGCAACGGAAGGAACUAUAAAUGUGACGGACAAAACACUUCCCCACUUACGAAACCCUGAGAUAUUAAUUGGUGAAAAUGAUCUGACAUCUCUCAGUUAUUUAAAUGAACCAGAAGUUUUAUAUAAUUUAAAAGUGCGUUUUGUAGAACAAAACCUUAUAUAUACGUACUGUGGUAUAGUUCUAGUCGCUAUCAACCCUUAUGAAUAUCUGGAUAUCUACAGCAAUGACAUCAUACAGGCUUACAGUGGACAGGACAUGGGGGCUAUGGACCCACACAUUUUUGCUGUAUCAGAAGAGGCUUUCAAACAGAUGUCUAGGUUUGAUCGCAACCAGUCAAUUAUUGUCAGUGGAGAAUCAGGAGCAGGGAAAACUGUCUCAGCCAAGUUUGCUAUGCGGUACUUUGCCACAGUGGGUGGUUCCCAGGCAGAAACCCAGGUGGAAAGAAAAGUUUUGGCUUCCAACCCUAUAAUGGAGGCCAUUGGUAAUGCUAAAACAACAAGAAAUGACAACAGCAGUAGGUUUGGCAAGUAUAUUGAGAUUAGCUUCAGUAAACAACACUCCAUUGUGGGGGCACACAUGAGAACAUACUUGCUGGAGAAAUCCAGGGUCGUGUUCCAGGCAUCAGAAGAAAGAAAUUACCACAUAUUUUAUCAGCUGUGUGCCUCUGACGAUUUGCCAGAGUUUAAAGAUUUUCAUCUAGGCUCACCGGAAGAUUUUUUCUACACUAGUCAAGGAGCAGCCCCACAGAUCAGGGAUGUGGAUGAUGCAGAGGAACUAGUCAAAACAAGAAAAGCUUUCACAACAUUAGGAUUCCCAGAGAAAGAUCAAAUGAUGAUUUUUCGAAUUCUAAGUGCUGUGCUCCAUUUUGGAAAUGUUACCAUUAAAGAGAAGGAAGGAGAGUCUUGUGAGAUACCAGCAAAAGAUCCAUCCAUCACAAUCAUGUGUAAACUGCUGGGCAUUGAGGAAUCACAGAUGAGGAUGUGGCUGUGCCACAGGAAGAUUCAAACAGUCAAUGAGACGCUGACCAAACCAUUGACAGAAUCACAGGCCAGUUUUGCCAGAGAUGCCCUGGUCAAGUAUAUCUACUCUAGUCUGUUUGAUUGGAUAGUUACACAGAUCAAUAAAGCUUUACAAAGUAACACAAAGACAUUCAAGUUUAUAGGUGUCCUUGAUAUAUAUGGGUUUGAAACAUUUGCUGUGAAUAGUUUUGAGCAGUUCUGCAUCAAUUAUGCUAAUGAAAAACUUCAACAGAUUUUUAACAUGCAUGUCUUUAAACUUGAACAAGAAGAGUAUGUGAGAGAAAAGAUUGAGUGGUCUUUCAUUGACUUCUAUGACAACCAACCAUGUAUAGAUUUGAUUGAAAGCAAACUUGGCAUAUUAGACUUGCUGGAUGAGGAGUGUAAGAUGCCCAAAGGCUCAGAUGCCAACUGGUGUCAGAAGCUGUAUGACAAACACUUGAACAAAUCACAACAUUUUGACAAGCCUAGAAUGUCAAGGUCAGCAUUCAUCAUCAACCACUUUGCUGAUAGGGUAGAAUACCAAGCUGAUGGUUUCUUGGAGAAAAACCGAGACACAGUACUGGAAGAACAAAUCAAUACACUGAAAGCUAGUGAGUAUGAGCUUGUGGCAGAGUUGUUCACAGAGGAGUCAUCCUCCAGUGCCCAGGCUGGGGCCAAGAGGGGUCGGUCAUCAUCUACCACUCAGCCAAUCAAAGCACAGCCUAAAGCUGGCAGCAAACAGCAUAAGAAAACAGUUGGUUCACAGUUCCGAGAUUCUCUGUGUGCCCUCAUGGAGACUCUAAAUGCUACCACACCACAUUACAUCCGAUGUAUCAAGCCUAAUGACUUGAAAGAGGCGUUUGCAUUUGACCCAAAGAGAGCUGUGGAGCAACUGAGAGCUUGUGGUGUUUUGGAGACAAUAAGGAUCAGUGCUGCUGGCUAUCCAUCUAGGUGGACCUACCCAGAGUUCUUUCAGAGAUACAGAGUUUUGGCCUUAUCAAAACACAUCUUUAAAAAUGACAUGAGAAAGACGUGUGAAGCUAUUCUACCUGCAUUGAUCAGUGACAAUGACAAAUACAGAUUUGGAAAGACUAAGAUAUUCUUCCGAGCAGGCCAAGUGGCAUACUUGGAAAAACUGAGAGCUGACAAGUUGCGGGCUUGUGGUGUGAUGAUACAGAAACACAUCCGUGGCUGGCUGCAGCGGAGAAAGUACCAGCGUGUACGCAAGUCUGUCCUUCUGGUCCAGACAUUUGGACGUGGUCUAUUGGCCAGAAGACAUGCAGAUUUCCUCCGAAAAACCAGAGCUGCUACCCGCAUCCAGGCCAGAUGGAGAGGCUACAGGCAACGUCAAAAGUUCAACAGCAUUCAUUCUGCUGUCGUUGUCUUACAGGCACACGUGCGUGCCAUGUUUGCCAGGAAGCGUUACAUGGAAUUGCUCCGCAGGCAUAAGGUCCUGAUCCUCCAGAAGAACAUCCGAGCCUUCACCCAGAGGAUGAAGUUCAAACGAGUCAUGCGAGGUAUCGUGCUGGUGCAGAGUCACUUUAGACGACGCAAGGCAAAACUGCAACUCAAGAUCUUGAAGGUGGAGGCCAAGUCAGUGGACCACAUCAAACAGGUGAACAAAGGUCUAGAAAACAAGAUCAUAGAGCUGCAACAGAGGCUGGAUGAAAAGGCCAAGAUCGCACAUCAAGCACAAAUGUACGAGGUGGAGAUAGUGAAGAUGAAAGAAGCCAUGAAUAAACUAAAGAGUACAGAGGAGGAAGCGAAGUUGUCCUCCAACAAGGUGGUGGACUUGGCCGAUGAACUAGAAAGGUUGAGAGCGGAGCUGGAGAAAGUCAAGGGAGAGAAGCAAGAUUUGAUCAUGGAGAAAGAUAUGUUGGUCACACAGCAUGACCAGGUCAUUACAGCUAUGGUUGAAGAGAAGAUGAUAUUAAAAGAAGAACUGGAUAAGGCACAAAGCACUAUCAAGCGUCAUGAUGAAGAACUGGAUGAAUAUGUGAGAGAGAAAGUUGCAGCUGCCAACAAGCUGUUGAUCCAAGAGUUUGAGUCUGAGAGAGCACAUCACCAGAAGCUGGUCAAGGAACAUGCCAGGCUUCAACAGAGGCUGGAGAACCUUCACUCAGAGAUGCAGGUACUAACCAGCCCAACAAAAGGACACCACAGAUCACCUUCGGACAUCAGUGCCAUCAGUAUUGAAUCCUACAGCAGCAGUGCAGCUGAUAGUGAGAGAAAAGCUGAGGAAGACGAGGAUCAAGGUUAUGACACAACAGCCAGAAAGCAUGAGGUCAAGAAGUUGGGCAACUUGAGGGCACCUGAGCCACCCUCUGGAGACAUAGGAGACAAAGAAGAGAAGAAAGCUCCAGCAGAAGCUGUGGACAUUGGCCUGGUCCUGAAGCUCCAGAACAAGGUGAAAGAUUUAGAGAGGGAGAAGAAGCAGCUGAUGGAGAAGAUUGAAAGCAUGGAGGAGGACACAUCAAGGGGGACCAUCAUCACAGACUCUGCUUUUGAUGCACUCAAGCAAGAACUGGUCAGCUCUGAGGAAGUCGGCAUUGUCAUCAAGCUCCAAAAGAGAGUGAGGGAGCUGGAGGCUGUCAAGAAGAAGCUGACCCGGGAGCUGGACCAGCGAGAGGAUGAUAAGUCUGACCGCCCAGCGACGUGGACUGAAGAUGCUUUUGAAAGUUUAAAGAUGCAGGACUUACAGAAUGACAACGACAAGCUGAAACGAGAAGUGAGCAAACUGAUGAAGUCUAUCGCUGAGUCUGUGCCCAUGGAGAACACAAAGAAGAGCAACUCCAAAGCUGGCCAGGAGUUUUUUGGUUCCACCAAGAUGGCUGACGAGGUUUCCACAUUCAAGGCCCAGUUCGAGGCCAUGGCAGACGAGCUAGAGAGACGCAGGGAGGAGUGCCUACAGCUUAAGGCCAUGCUAGCAGACCGAACCAUCACCACGCAUUCCAUUGCCAGAGAGUCCUAUGGCGGCAAUGAUGUCCUGGUGAAUGAGGACAAUGAGCUGGAGAUGGCCUACAAGACACAGAAGGACUUGAACAGAUUGCUGCAGUCACAACUUGAGAAAACUGAGAAGGACAUCAAGAAAAAGGAAAAACAAUAUGCAGCAGACAUUGGGGAACUGAAGAAAGAAAAUGACAGGCAGCAGAAGAUAAUAAGCCAGCUUCGUCGUAAAAAUCAUAGUCUAAACUUGGGUCCUGAAGCCAAGAUUGAAGCUACCAUGCAGCAUGAGAUCACAAGACUUACAUCUGAGAAUCUGGAUCUCAGAGAAUCAAUGGACAAACAGUCAGAUCAAAUCAGGAAACUGAAGAAAAUGUUGAAAGUUUAUGCCAAGAAGCUGAAGGAUGGAGAAGGCUGGCCAGACAAGUGGAACUGGGUCAGGCCUUCUAUGUCCGUCAGUUCAGAUCUGGCUGCAGAGAUAGCUGCUGAGAUUGAGAAUGAAGAGAACACAACAUCUACAGAUGCUAUAGCUACAGUCAUCCACAGGGAGCGGUCCUACAUGGGCAUGCUGGAGUUUAAGAAGGAGGAUGAAGGGGCAUUAAUCAAAAACUUAAUUCAAGAUCUUAAGCCCAAGUUGGCAUCUGGUCUGAUCCCUGGCCUGCCUGCUUACAUUUUGUUUAUGUGUGUCAGACACACAGAUUAUGUCAAUGAUGAUGAGAAGGUCAAGUCGCUACUGACAGCUACCAUCAACGGAAUCAAAAAAGUUGUGAAGCGUCACAGUGAUGACCUGGAGAGGAUCACAUUAUGGCUGGCCAACACCUGUAGACUGCUGCACACACUGAAACAGUACAGUGGAGAGAAACAAUUCCAAAAUGAGAACACCCCUAAACAAAAUGAGCAGAGUCUACGGAACUUUGACCUCUCAGAGUACCGCCAGGUGUUCUCAGACUUGGCUGUGUGGAACUACCAAGCAUUGAUGAAACUAAUGGAAGAGCUAAUACAGCCAAAUAUAGUUCCUGCCAUUCUUGAGCAUGAAGCCAUAGCUGGUCUGACAGCUAGUAAACCCUCUGGCCUGCGAGGCCGGUCCUCCAGCAAUGCCAGGGAGUUGGAAGAUGGGAAGGAUUCCCAGCAUGCACUGGAUGCUCUCAUGAGAACACUGAACAGUUACAUGAGGAUAGUCAAGCAACAUGCUGUGGACCCAGAGUUGGUGAAACAAAUAUUUAGACAGCUGUUUUAUUUCCUUUGUGCUGGCGCACUGAACAACCUACUGCUAAGGAAGGACAUGUGUAAUUGGUCAAAAGGAAUGCAGAUAAGGUAUAACUUGAGCCACCUAGAGCAGUGGCUCAGGGACAACAAUCUCCAUGAGUUUGGGGCCCAGGCAGCCCUGGAACCCAUCAUCCAAGCCUCUCAGCUGUUGCAAGCCCGCAAGACAGACUCUGAUGUGGACAGUGUUUGUGAUAUGUGUUCUAAGCUGACCACAGCUCAGAUUGUUAAAAUUCUCAACAUUUACACCCCGGUGGAUGAGUUUGAGGAGCGAGUGCCAGUGGCGUUCAUCCGCAAGAUUCAGUCCAAGUUGAAAGAGAGGGAGGAGCAAGGCACCGCUAGCAACACCCUACUUCUAGAUACCAAAUACUCCUACCCUGUCACGUUCCCCUUCAACCCCAGUUCUGUUGCACUGGAGACGAUAACAGUCCCAGAACAGUUGCAUUUAGGUUUCUUGAUAAAACAUUAAACAAAAAAUGGAAGGGCACAAGACGGGUGGGAGAGGGGUAGCCGCUGGGUGUUUUGUUGAAUGUGAGGCUGCGAUACGAUGCUAUGGACAGUUUUCUUAGUCGAAAAUAGUUGUUUGUUUUUUUUUAGAUAUAUAUAUAUAUAUAUAAUAGAAUUAUUUUCUAGCAUGUUUCAGUACUGUGUUAAAAUGAGAAAAUUUGUAAAGAUAAUCAAAUGUUUUAAUAUAUUUCUUUGUAAAAAAAAAAUUACUCGUAUGUACAUUGUGAAACAGAACAACAUGAUCAAAGUAAGCAGUUCACAAUUUAGCCAAUGGAACUGAUUUGUUCUUCUUUUCUCUGCCAUUAUAAAAAGACUUGAAAUGGAUUAGUUGAUGAUAAUUAUGCAUACAUCUUGUGCAUUUGUGGUGAGCUAUUUCCUUCCAAAACAAAUGUUUAGUAUUUUGUUUGUUUUGUUUCUCUGUGAGAAGUCUUUCUUGUGGUGAGCUGCACUGACAUGGGUUCACUUUGCUUUACUCUGCCUCUUAAAGAGAAGGCAGCUAUUCAAUGGAAAUAGUAGGGGAGCUAAGUUUCAACCGCCCAGGUUGUGGUCUUUUUAAGCCAAAGGUUAUCCUCCAGUUAACUAGGAUUAUCUUUGUUAUGAAAAAUGUUCAAAACUGAUGUAGAAUAGAGUCAGAAGCUGAACACCUUUAAGUCAAGGGAAGUAAUUGUUUGUUUUUUUUUUGUCCUGCUUCUCUCCCUUAACCAGCUGACUGGUAUAUUCCAAAGUUCAAUGUAUUCAUGUAGAAUUCAUAUAGACAAGAUUUUGAUUUCUCUUACUGCUUAUGUUUUUAUGUAGUUUUUUUUUAAAUUGGUGGGAGAUCAAACUUAAGAAACUCUUUUAUACCCUGGUAAAUUUGUACAGGAUUUUCUUCCUUUCUGUUUAGAUUUCCCAAAGAGUCCUAUAUCCAAAGAAAUAGAAGUUUGUUCUAUUCGCAGCGAGGAAAUAUAAUUAACACUGCUACUUACACUAAUAUAUAACAUUAAA